CAUGAACCCGCGCUCUUCCACGGGGAUGCGCCAGAUUGAGAGCAUCAGGACAACAAGCAGCAAGAAUUGAGUCCCACCAUACCGCAUUCAUCAUGGCUCCCACUACUGAAGCGCCGCAGACGGUCGAGUGGCAGGGCAGGCAGGUGCCUGUCUGGCCGAUGCGCACCAUCAACUACAGCCUGCUGCUCUCCCAGGACCCGGACGAGGUGGAGAAGGUGACCAAAGCCUGCCUCGAGGACGGCUACUUCCAGCUGGACCUCAACGGCAUCGACGGCCGGCGCAUGCUCGAGGACCGGGAGGAGGUGCUGCGACUGAUGCACCGCUUCUUCUCGGCGCCGCUCGAGGCCAAGAACGAGUACGGGCUGAUCGACUCGCACCUCGGGUACGAGCCGGUGGGCAAUCGCACGGGCGCGUUCGGUGCCGGCACCAGGGACGGCUACGAGAUGCUGAAAGUGUCGCGCGACGAGAUCCAGCAGGGCAGCCCGCGGGUGCCGUCGCCUAUCAAGAACAGCGACGACCUGCGGGUGCUGGAGCACGCCAUCGGCAGCUGCAACACGGUCACCAAGGUGAUCCUCUCGGCUCUGUCGACGGGCAUGGGCCUGACGGGGGCCGCGCGGUUUGAGAACUCGCACCGCAACGACCGGCCCUCGACCACGACGCUGUCCAUGAUGCACUACCUCCCCGCCAACGAGACGGGCCAGCACAAGAUCGGGCACCAGAAGCACACCGACAUCAGCUCGCUGACGCUGCUCUUCAGCGACCAGUGGGGGCUGCAGAUCCGCCCGCCCGGCGAGUGCGGCGCGCGCGAGAUGGGCUUCGUGGCGCCGCGGCCGGGCUGCGCGUUCGUGCACGUGGGCGACUCGCUGCGCUUCGCCAGCGGCAUGCGCUUCCAGUCGUGCAUCCACCGGGUCGUGCCGUUCGACCCGGCCGAGCACCGCUACUCGAUCGCCUACUUCCUGCGGGCCGAGGACGACACCAUGUUCCAGGACUCGGAGGGCCGCUGGGUCACGGCCAAGGAGUGGCACGACCAGAAGUUCAAGGCCUUCACCGACCCGCCCGUCUGGCAGGCCAUGGCCCCCAAGUCCAUGAUCCUCGGCGGCAUGGUGGAGGACGGCGCCGACGACCCGGUGCCCAUCGUCCCCGCCGACCUCGUCAAGGGCGCCGCCAAGGAGACGGCCGUUGAGGCGUGAUCAGCGAGCCGGUUUCCCACGAGCUAUGCGACUGGUGUCUGCUUUGGCAUAUGCACGUGUAUAUAGACGCCAGUUAGGUCUUCUCGAGAAACGUGAUCGAAUCGAUUCUGUGCUGUCCAAGCCCAGCUGGUUCAUAAUGUAUACACCACAUGGUGGUUUUGUGUGUCGCCCCUGUCGUCCAGACAGCCGGGAGAAAAACUUGCGAGAAUGCCGUGGGUAGAGAGGGAGUGGAGGGUCGCAGGCGAAGAGCCUGGGCGGUCCGGGGGCAUGCCAACA